GCGCGUCGCGCGCCGGCAUGGCGAUCGCGUAGGCGGGUUCAGCCACUCCGCUGCCUCCUCUUCUUCUCCGUCGACGGCCGCCGAGAUGCCAGUGAAAGUGCUUUGAUGUCCCCGCACCCCCGACGGCUGUACCUCGCUCUCUGUAAAUCCAGCAUGGAGGGCGAAAGUGGGUCCGAUCAGCAGACGGAGACGCGCGGCGCGACUCAGAAGAGCGACACAGAUGAUUAUAGAAAAGCGUUGCUUUCCUCGCAAAAGAAUAGUCCUGGAGGAGCGGCAGGAAGGAGUUCCAUACCAUCAGCCUGCUUCAAUUUCACAAACUCCAUCAUCGGCUCCGGAAUUAUAGGUCUCCCCUACUCUAUGAAGCAGGCAGGCCUUCCUUUGGGGAUGAUUCUGCUCAUCAUAACUGCCUGUAUUACCGACUACACAAUCAUACUGAUGAUUAAAGGUGGCAAUCUCUCAGGAGCUUGGAGUUACCAGUCUUUAGUACAAAAUACUUUUGGCUUUACUGGAUAUUUAAUUCUGUCUGCUUUACAGUUUUUGUAUCCAUUUAUUGCAAUGAUCAGCUACAACAUCAUCACGGGUGAUACACUGACCAAAGUAUUCCAGAGAAUACCUGGAGUUGGUCCAGGUCAUAUUUUGGCAGACAGGCACUUUCUGAUAUUAAUUACAACCGUACUCUUCACGUUGCCUCUAUCUCUUUAUCGCGACAUAUCAAAACUUGGGAAGGUGUCACUGCUCUCUGCAGUGCUGACUCUUGCCAUACUUGUCACUGUCAUUAUCAGAGCAGCAACACUCGGACCAAAAAUACCACCUGUGGAGAAUGCGUGGGCUUUCGCCCACUGGAAUGCAGUUCAAGCUAUGGCUGUCAUGUCCUUCGCCUUCAUUUGUCAUCAUAACAGCUUUCUGAUCUACAGCUCCUUGGAGGAGCCGACCCUCACAAACUGGUCUCACGUCACGCACGUGUCAGUUGGCUCCUCUGCGUUUGUCAGUUUGCUGUUUGCAGUGGCAGGCUAUGCCACGUUCACAGGGUACACACAGGGUGAUAUAUUUGAAAACUACUGCCGGAGUGAUGACCUGGCCACGUUUGCUCGCUUCUGCUAUGGAAUCAGUAUAAUAACAACAUUUCCCCUUGAAUGUUUUGUGACACGGGAGGUGGUGUCAAAUGUGUUUUUUAAUGGCGUGCUCACCAAUAUUUCCCAUAUUGCUGUUACCAUGGUGAUAAUAGCAGUGUCCACGGCAAUAUCCCUUUCCUAUGAUUGUCUGGGCAUUGUUCUAGAAUUAAAUGGUGUGCUGAGUGCUAUCCCCCUGAUCUUUAUCAUCCCUUCUGCGUGCUAUCUCAAGCUGGCGGGUGGGCGGUGGUUUCAAGGGAAUAACCUCGUGUCCUGCAUCAUCCUGCUGGUGGGCAUGUUUAUCAUGAUCGUUGGAUUGAUCAUGACGGUCAUGUACCCGCAGGACUGUUCUCACGGAGCAGAGAUGCCCUACUGCUCCGCAAACUUCACCGUCCCAAAUGCAACACUGUUCAGUAACGGACAGCAGAGCGUCAACCUCACUCAGAAAAAAGGCAUUUUUUAAGUACCAGUGGCAGUCACAGUUGUUGCGACUCACUGUGGUUUGGUGCUGCUUUUUCCGCAUCUACAAUAACCAGAUGCAGACUUUUACGAUAUACUGAUUAAAUGAGUCAGUGUCUCUCCAUUGUCUUUCCUGUAUUGUUUAGAUUUCAUAGUUGGGUUUUAUAAAUGAAGCAACAUGUAUGUAGACA